AUGGAUGAGUUGGAUGAAUUCUUCAGCACUUCCAAUGACAGCAGCCAGGCGCAUACACGCUUCCUGCAGUUCCACAAGUUCUUUCUGCCCUGCAUGUAUGUGGUGGUGUUCAUCUGUGGCCUGGUGGGGAACUCCCUGGUGUUGAUCAUAUACAUCUUCUACCAGAGGCUGAAGAGUCUCACAGACUUGUUCCUGAUGAACCUACCACUGGCCGACCUGUUGUUUGUUAGCACUCUGCCCUUCUGGGCCUACACAGGGUUCCAUGAGUGGGUCUUUGGCAACAUCAUGUGCAAAACCAUGCUGGGCAUCUACACAAUGAACUUUUAUACAUCCAUGCUCAUCCUCACUUGUAUCACUGUGGACCGCUUCAUAGCGGUGGCUUGGGUCACCAAGGCCUACAAUGAGCAGGGCAAGUGGAUGACCUGGGGCAAGGCCAUCUGCUCGUCUGUCUGGGUGGUCUCCCUGCUGGGUUCCUUGCCACAGAUCAUCUAUGGCAGUGUCCAACACCUGGACAAGUCCAUCUGUGGCUAUCAUGAAGAGGAAAUUUCCGUUGUAGUUCUUGCCACUCAGAUGACAUUAGGGUUCUUCCUGCCAUUGCUCGCCAUGAUUGUCUGCUACUCAGUCAUAAUCAAGAUCCUGCAUCAUGUCCAAGGCUUCCAGAAACACAAGUCUUUAAAGAUCAUCUUCCUGAUAGUAUCUGUGUUCUUGCUUACCCAGACACCCUUCAAUCUUGUAAAGCUCAUCUGCAGUACAAGCUGGGAGUACUACACCAUGACCAGCUUUUACUAUGCCAUAACAGUGACAGAGGUCAUCGCCUACCUGCGGGCCUGUUUUAAUCCUGUACUGUAUGCCUUUGUUGGCCAGAAGUUUCGGAAGAACUUCAGGAAACUUUUAAAAGACAUUGGCUGCCCUUACCUGGGGCCCUCAAAUCAACGGAAGUCUUCUGAGAGUACUUAUAAGACUUGUUCUACCACCCACAACGUGGAAGCGAGUAGCAUGUUCCAGUUGUAGGCCUCAGGUCUGGAAAGCUCCUCAGGGAUUUACCGGAGCAUGGCU